GGCUGCUUCCUCUGUCCCUGUCCAACAAAAAUGUCUGCUAGCAAGUUCAUUGGUGCGCUUCAGUCUACCUUGUCCAAGGUUACUGCUUUGCAACGUCCCAUUGUGUAUAAUGCCAAGGUUGCUGGUGAAAUCGCAAAACAAGUGUAUGUCAAGGAAGGCAUGGCUUUCCCUAGCGGUGAGCAAUUUACUCAGGCUCGUCAAAUCAUCCAAAAGAACAUGAACGUGGCCGCUCUCAAGAACCUUACCUGGAGGGAUAUCGCUCAGGGUGGUGUUGUCGCAGCUGAAAUUUACACUUUCUUCUUAAUUGGCGAGAUCAUUGGUCGUAGAAACUUGAUCGGUUACAAUGUCAAGUCUGUGGAUGCCCAUCAUCAUUAAAUUAUUGUGUCUCGGUGUACUUAGUCAUUUUUAGCCAAAAAAGCAAGAAAAAAAGAAGCGAAAUAGAAGCAAAAAUUGAACUUGCCAUUCAUUCGUUCUGUUCGCGUACCCAAUGUUGGAAUCGGGCCGCUUCCGCAUUGAAAUACUCGAGUUCUUGCUGAUGCUCGUUCAUCAGUUUCUGUUGCUCGGCCAAAAGAUCCUGUCGAAUCGUAUCGAGAGUUUCCAAUAAGGAAUCAACCUUUGAUAAUCU